AUGGAAAACCCAACGCCGCCGACCGAUCCUGCCUCCGCGGCCGCCGCCACGGGCGCCACGCCAACGCCGUCGCCGUCGCGUCAGCUGCCGGACUUCCAGCAGUCGGUGCGGCUCAAGUACGUGAAGCUGGGGUACCAUCACCUCAUCACCCACGGCAUGUACCUGCUGCUGACCCCGCUGAUGGUGCUGGUCGCCGUGCACCUCUCCACGCUGUCCCCGCGCGACGUGGGCGACCUGUGGGAGCACCUCCGCCUCAACCUCAUCUCCGUGGUGGCCUGCUCCACGCUGCUCGUCUUCCUCGGCACGGCCUACUUCCUGACCCGCCCGCGGCCCGUGUACCUGGUGGACUUCGCCUGCUACAAGCCGGGUCCCGAGCGGCGGUGCACGCGCGACACCUUCAUGCGCUGCUCCAGGCUCACCGGCUGCUUCACGGACGCCAGCCUCGAGUUCCAGCGCAAGAUCCUGGAGCGCUCGGGGCUCGGCGAGGACACGUACCUUCCCCCCGCCGUCACGCGGGUGCCGCCCAACCCGUCCAUGGACGAGGCGCGCGCGGAGGCGCGGGAGGUGAUGUUCGGCGCCGUGGACGAGCUGCUGGCCAAGACGGGCGUGAAGCCCAAGGACAUCGGGAUCCUCGUGGUGAACUGCAGCCUGUUCAACCCGACGCCGUCGCUGUCGGCCAUGGUGGUGAACCACUACAAGCUGCGCGGGAACGUGGUGAGCUACAACCUCGGCGGGAUGGGGUGCAGCGCGGGGUUGCUGUCCGUGGACCUCGCCAAGGACCUGCUGCAGACGCACCCGGGGUCGUACGCGCUGGUGAUCAGCACGGAGAACAUCACGCUCAACUGGUACUCGGGCAACGACCGCUCCAAGCUGGUGUCCAACUGCCUGUUCCGGAUGGGCGGCGCGGCGGUGCUGCUCUCGAACCGGCGGUCCGACCGGCGGCGGGCCAAGUACGAGCUGGUGCACACGGUGCGCACGCACAAGGGCGCCGACGACCGGUGCUUCGGCUGCGUGACGCAGGAGGAGGACGGCGAGGGCGUUUUGGGCGUGUCGCUGUCGAGGGACCUGAUGGCAGUGGCCGGCGACGCGCUCAAGACCAACAUCACGACGCUGGGCCCGCUGGUGCUGCCGCUGUCGGAGCAGCUGCUGUUCAUGGCCACGCUGGUCGCCAAGAAGGUGCUCAAGAUGAAGAAGGUGAAACCCUACAUCCCGGACUUCAAGCUGGCGUUCGAGCACUUCUGCAUCCACGCGGGCGGGCGCGCCGUGCUGGACGAGCUGGAGAGCAACCUGUCGCUCACGGACUGGCACAUGGAGCCGUCGCGGAUGACGCUGCACCGGUUCGGGAACACGUCCAGCAGCUCGCUCUGGUACGAGCUGGCCUACAGCGAGGCCAAGGGGAGGAUCCGGCGGCGCCACCGGGUGUGGCAGAUCGCGUUCGGGUCGGGGUUCAAGUGCAACAGCGCCGUGUGGAGGGCGCUCCGGUCGGUGAACCCGGCGGAGGAGACCAACCCGUGGAUAGACGAGAUCGACAGGUUCCCCGUGGAUGUUCCCAAGGUCUCCAAGGUUUCCAGCGAGUGA